AUGAAUACGCUGUAUCCCACGCGGCUAUCGGACACUGACAUCCGCCUCUUGCAUAUACUACCCUCUGAGUCUCCAGAGUCACCAGUAUCGUGUGAGCUUCGGCAGUACGACAUUGACCACCUUCCCGCAUAUGAAGCGCUCUCUUACUGUUGGGGCGACUCAGCUGAACGGCGUGAGAUAGUUUGUAAUGGCACAACACACUGGAUUACGAUGAACCUGCGGGAUGCGCUUGUUAGAAUGCGACUAACGAACGAGGCACGGAUUGUCUGGGCAGACGCACUGUGCAUUGCGCAGUCUGAUGAAGAAGAAAAGAGCUCUCAGGUACGCCGCAUGGGUUCGAUCUUUCAUUGCGCCAAACGCGUCGUUGUCUGGCUGGGUCACAUCGAAACGGAGUAUGCUUUGGAUAUCAAGCGUGUUUUCGAUUCCCUGAUAUGCGUCAAAGCCUUCAAAGAUGAUCCCGAGCACCAUUUUUCUGACUGGCGUAUCCCGGAUGUAGCUGCAGUCUUCGGCGGACCGCUACCAUGGAAUGCGCUAAAACUCUUCUUCGAUAUCCCUUGGUUUCGGCGGAUAUGGUGUAUACAAGAGAUUAGAUUAGCUUCUGAUUCAAUGUUUUAUUGGGGAACUGAGGAACUUUCGAGGUACGUUCCCGUGCGCCUAGCUGGAUGGACGGUGGACCGUUGCCAAGGCGAGAUACAACAUUCACCAUACGCGAUCUUCGAACAGUUCGCUUAUCAUAUGAACGGUCCAUUCCGUGACGACAAAUGUAGUCUUCUUUCAGCUCUGAGAACCUACAGAAAAUGGGAAGCUACGGAUCCUCGAGAUAAGAUCUAUGGCAUUCUUGGUUUGAUGGAACUUGGGGAGGAAAGACAUAUCAUCAGAAUUGAUUAUGAUAAGUCCAUCCAGGAUGUUUACCAUGAUUUGGCCACUGCAGUCAUAGGAUGGACUGGCGAUCUUGCCCUUUUUGCCCAUGUACAUCAUGGUGCACGCUAUGACGGUGACCCAAGAUACAGAUCUUGGAUCCCUCAAUGGGAUCAGACGGUACAUGUGCCGAUUUUCCCGAUAGGAAGUCUUUUGUCUCCGUCUGUUUUACCAAACGGGACAUAUAAUACGACAUCUCCGCCCGAUGGCAGUACACAGCCUUCUGACCGAUCAAUAAUGGUAUCCGGAUUGACUCAUCAAACAGUCUUGUAUACAGGACCGCCAAUAAACGGAUCCCUUGCUGACUUGCCGCAUGAGAAGAUAACUUUUAGAAACUAUCCGCAACGGAUUGUCCUAGAGUACUGGAGCGAGAAGGUGCCCACGUGGUCCCCUUUAGGCCGUGAUGUGAGCCCCGUAAUGAUGUCAAUGGCACGAACAUUGACCACAGGAGUGGUACUUCAAGAUGAUACGUUGUACGAGUGCGCAACUGAAGACGAGAUAGCAGCAUAUUCCCAAAGCUUUUUAGCUUAUAUUCGCCUCCUCCACUUGAUUGCGGAUAACGAGAGUGGAGGUGGCUUAACGACACAACAUUUGAGCGAGCAUGACGAUGAGUGGAAGCUGUUUGAGGAUAUUAUGGGAAAUCAUUGCUUUCGACGAAAGUUCUUUCGUACUAAGAAUGGUUCCCUCGGCCUUGGACCGGCUUGUCUGAGAGAGAACGACAUUAUUGUAGUCCUGGAAGGGGCAUAUAAUCCUUGUGCGCUGCGGCCAAGGGGCGACGUCUACUUACUAUUAGGCGAUGUGUACAUGGACGAGAUUAGGCACGGAGAGCUCAUCAAAGAGAUUGAAGAAGGGCGCAAGGAACGUCAGUAUUUCUGCCUUAGAUAA